AUGGGUGUCACCGAAGGCCAAACCAACGGCCAUGAUGGUCAGACUGACUCGAAGGUCGAGGAGAAAUCCGUGCCCGGUGGGCCUGUAGGUCCGGUAUCAUAUGCCGAGGUAGCAGCUCAGCCUCCAAGCGAACACCCAUCAAACCCGGGCGAACACGCUCAGGGACAACUGGCCAAUGGAAAGGCUGCUGAGGUGAAAAUUUCGUCGGCCGACGACAAUCCCACCAAUGGAAUCAAGCCACCAGCAGGUGUGUCGUACGCCAAGGUGGCGGCAGGAAAGACACAGGCGAACGGAAAGGCGGCGCUGAAGGUCAAGACUUCGUCGAGGGCGAAUGGACCGCCCGGCGAUAUCAGAAGACGCACUGCCCCCAAGAACCAAAGCGGAGGCCCAGCACAUCGGCAAACCCAAGGCGAUGAUGAUGAAGACCAAGCGCAAGCUUCAACACGUAUUCGAUUUGCUCCCAUCAGGGUCCCUCUGAAGCGUAGGUUGCAGACGUUGACGGUUUUGGUGCACUGCAUGUGUCUGCUGGUCGCGGUCCCCUUCUUUUUCUUCAUUUGCGCCAUACCACUCGCAUGGCCUCUCCUGGUGCCAUACUUGUUGCAUGUGAUCUUCUCUACCGCUGCCACGGACGGGUCGCUCACGUACCGAUCCAAACGGUUCCGAUCCUCGAGGAUCUGGAAACUGUUUGCUGAAUACUUCCCGGCCAAGCUGCACAAGACUCACGACCUACCACCUACUAGGAAGUACAUCUUUGGCUAUCAUCCACACGGGAUCAUCUCUCACGGAGCAUUUGUGGCUUUUGCCACAGAAGCCUUGGGGUUCUCUGAGAAGUUCCCCGGCAUCACAAAUAGCUUGCUGACUUUGGAUUCCAACUUUAACAUCCCCAUAUACCGAGAGUACAUUCUUGCGGCGGGCAUUCGCUCGGUCUCCAAAGAGUCGAUCACAAAUCAUCUCACUCGAGGCGGGAAGAACAAAGAAGGGAUGGGUCGAGCCGUGACCAUCGUGAUUGGGGGCGCACGCGAGUCCCUCGAGGCGCGCCCUGGCGUAUUACGGUUGAUCCUGCGGGAUCGCAUGGGUUUCGUGCGGAUGGCCAUGCGGACCGGGGCCGACCUCGUGCCGGUCCUCGCGUUCGGCGAGAAUGAUCUGUACAACCAGCUGGAGCCGGAGAAUCACCCACUGAUCCACAGGCUUCAGAUGUUCGUUCUGAAGGCCUGGAAGUUUACGCUACCCUUUAUGCACGGUCGCGGUAUCUUCAACUACGACUACGGCCUCAUGCCGUUCCGAAAACCCCUCAACAUCGUCGUUGGCAAGCCGAUUCCUGUCGUGGCGUCGUCGAAUGACAUUGUGAACCCGGCAGAAGUUGAGAGGGUGCACGCUCUUUACUGUGACGAAUUGCAGAGGCUGUGGGAUGAGUACAAGGACAGGUUUGCAAAGGACCGAAAGGGGGAGAUGGAGCUGCUGGUAUAG